AUGGGUCUAGGUUUUGGAACUCCACCUUCUGCUGCUGCUUCUUCUUCUGCAGUUUUGGCAUCAUCGUCUUCUACGAGAGCAGUCCCGAAAGGUAAACUUUCUUCUUUGUUCAGAUAUGCACACGAACCCACUACUUCAAAUACUGACUCUUCACAAAAAGAGCCAUGUCCACAUAAACCCAUUUCAAGCCCCAAAAGUGUACAAAGAAACCAACUUUCCGAUGCUCAUGUCCAAAUCCCAGUUGAAAAAUUCUUGAAAACCAUCUCUAAGUCCAGCAACAUCACUCUUAAUGAAGCGUUGCACCUCUUCGAUCACAUGCUUCGGUUGCAACCAACUCCACCGAUUCCUUCGUUCAAUCAUUUGCUUGGUGCAGUUUCUAGGAAUAAGCAUUAUUCUAGUGUGAUUUCACUUUUCAAAAGAAUGCAGUCAUCUGGGCUGCCUUCUAAUUUUUUUACUCUGAACAUUUUGCUUAAUUGCUUUUGUAAUGUAAAUCGGGUUUGCGACGGUUUUGUUGUUAUGGGGAGUAUUCUUAGGAGGGGUUAUAAGCCCAACACUGUGACUUAUACAUCUUUGAUUAAGGGAUUGUGUAAAGAGGGUAGGAUUGGUGAGGCAGUCGGGUUAUUUCAGAAAAUGGUCAAAUUGGGUUGUGGGCCUAGUGUGAUUACAUGUGGGACUUUGAUUAAUGGGUUGUGUCGAACAGGCAAUACAAGUGUUGCACUUGGGUUACAUGAAGAAAUGGUCAGUGGUCAAUUUGGUGCUGAGUGUAAGCCUAGUGUGGUUUCCUAUGGUAUGAUUAUUGAUGGGCUUUGUAAGGAUGGGACAAUAGAGAAGGCAAAUGAACUUUUCUGGGAAAUGAAGGGAAAGAGAAUUUUUCCGGAUGUGUUUUAUAGCUCUCUAAUACAUGGUUUAUGUUGCAUGGGUAAAUGGGAAGAGGCUAAAAGUUUGUUUAACGACAUGGUGGAUCAAGGCAUCCAACCUAAUGUUGUGACGUUUAAUGUGUUGAUUGAUGCGCUUUGCAAUGAGGGGAAGAUGAAAGAAGCAAAUGGGUUGUUUGAAUUGAUGACUCAAAGAGGAAAGGAUCCUGACAUAUUUACUUACAACACAUUGAUGGAUGGGUUCUGCUUGGUGGGCAGGCUUGGUGAUGCAAGGAAGCUAUUUGAUUCAAUGACUACAAAAGGACAUAAACCUGAUGCUGUAAGCUACAAUGUACUGAUCAAUGGAUAUUGCAAGAAUUGGAAGAUGGAGGCAGCUAUGAAUUGCUAUAGAGAAAUGAUUCACAAUAAAGUUAUGCCAACACUUGUAACGUUUCGCAUAUUAAUUACUGGUCUAUUUAUGGUAGGUAAGGUUGAGGAUGCACGGAAGCUAUUAGUUGAGAUACAAGUUCAUGAUCUGGUACCAGAUUCAUUUGCUUAUAAAAUAAUCUUGGAAUGGCUUUGCAAGAAUGAUCCUUUUCCAAAGGCAAUGGAAUUAUUUAAUAGUUUAGAAGAUUGCAAAAUUGAACCAGACAUUUCAACUUACAAUGGCCUCAUUAAUUGGUUGUGUAAAGCAGGGAAGAUUGAAGUUUCCUGGCAGAUAUUUCGUAGAUUAUCUGAUAGAGGCUUGGUGCCAACUCUUGUUACAUAUUCUAUCAUGAUUCAUGGGUUCUGUAGGGUAAAGGAUUUGGAAAAGGCAAAUGAUUUGUUUUUAGAAAUGGAAGCAAAGGGUUGUGCUCCAAAUGUAGUCAUAUAUAAUGCACUUAUGCGCGGUUUCUGCGAGAAUAAUGAGUUGCAAAAGGUGCUUGAACUUCUUCAUAAAAUGGUGGAGAGAGAAUUGUCACCCGAUGACUCCACAGUCUCCAUAGUACUAGACUUACUUUCUAAGGAUGAAAACUAUCGUGAAUGUUUGGAUCUCCUACCAACAUUUCCUACCCAAGAGCCAAGAGGUUGUAAUGAUGGAUUUUCACUAUGAUUUUUACUUACCAAUUCUAUCUUCAAGGUACCUAGGGGGGACAACUCUUGCGCUAACAAAAAGUUACAAAAUGUGAAGGCUUGUCACUGCACUGUCCAAAAUCCCAAUUCUGACUCUUCUCAAGCAAAGGGGCUUUAAGGGUUUGGUCUAGUGAAGUUUGUGUUGGGGCUUGUGAAAUUGAUGAUAUUGAGUAGUGAAGUUGCAUUUGGUAAUUGAUUGGGAUGUUUGUAGGACUACCCGGAAAUAAGAAGCUUGCUCUAAAAAUGAUUGUAUUGAGCAUCUUCAUGCUCCCCUGGUGGUAAAUUGCAGCUGAUAGAAAAAUAUUAUUUUCUGUGAUUUCUCAAGCUGCAAGGAGAUUCACAAUGUUAUUCGGAGGAGCUUCUUCAAGUGCUUCAGAACUUUUUCGGUGGGCCUGUGGAGAAACCAAAGUGUUUGUUGUUUGUUUUAAUAUGUAUGUUAUGUCCAUCUCAGAAAUAAGCGGUGGAUUGCCCAAGGUUGUAGAAUCUGUGCAAUUUGCAAUGUUAUUUUGAUCUUUGUUAGAAACUCAGUCAUUAGUGUUGCGGCCUUUCUUAAUCGAACAUAUUUGUCCUGGUAUGGAAGUGGUUCUACAGAUUCAUAUAGAC